AGCUCGCACCCAUGGCGACCACGUGGCUUGAGAACAUCAGCACGCCUCUGCUGCCCAAUGCAUCAGAGUCCAUGAUCACCGAUGACUGGGACAUGGUCCACACCAUCAUCCCUCCAUACAUCUUCACCCUGUGUGUGCUCGGCCUCCUCUUAAACAGCUUCGUCCUGGUGGUUUUCCUUCUCCACAAGGACCGGCUGACUGUCGCAGAGAUCUACCUCAGCAACCUGGCUCUGGCUGACUUCAUCCUCCUGUGUGGCCUCCCCUUCUGGGCUAUGAGCAUCCAAAACAACUACAACUGGUCUUAUGGAGAAUUCUUAUGUAAAAUGGUCAACUCUUCCAUCAUUAUAAAUUUCUACACAAGCAUUUACACCCUGGUGAUGAUCAGUGUGGACCGCUACCUUGCAAUCGUUAAAACAAUGAGGGCGCGAUGGCUGAGACGGAGACGCUACGCCAAAGCCAUCAGCCUCAACUUGUGGAUGUUUGGGCUCGUACUAAGCACUCCAGUCAUGGUUUACAGGAAAGUACUUGUCUUUGAGGAGUAUGAGUCCACAGCCUGUGCCUUGGAUUACAAUCACAGCAGCUCCGGGAAGCUGAGCCAUCAGAUUCUGCUGAAUGUGGCUGGCUUCGCCCUCCCUGUUCUGGUAAUUGUUUUCUGCAGCGGGAGCAUCAUCAAACAGUUGGCUCAGAGGAGGGAGCGUGUAGCUUUUCACGACAUCAAAGACUCAAAGGCUAUACUAUUGAUGUACGCCGUCACACUACUAUUCUUGAUUUGUUGGGGCCCCUUCCAGAUUUUCACCUUCCUUGACACAUUGUGCGACUUCCAUGUGUUGGAUGAGAAUCUGUGGUUCCACACGCUGGAUAUAGGAGGCCAGGUUUCAGUUUACUUGGCCUUUCUCAACAGCACCCUAAAUCCACUGCUGUACGUCAUCUCAGGGCAGUACUUCAGGAGGAAAGUUAGCGCCAUCUACAGGAGGACCAGGCAAACUCGCAGAGGAUCAGAUAUGACAACUUUUCAGCGCUCCUUUGUGUCCACGUACAUCAACAGACCGGAGCAGAUUAAACCCGUGGUGAUUUUAUAA